AUGUCUCGCAAAACCGACUGGUAUGUAGAGGUCACUACCGAGGACAAGAUGGAUGCCAAUGAAGAGCGCGUUAUCACAGUCGCGCCGAAGAUGGGUACUAAGAAAAUCACCAACUUUUCAGGUGCCGUCUUGACGGAAGAUGAGUUCGCCGAUACUUCAGCGCCCACAUGGGCUCCUCGCUGUGGCCAAUGUGUGGCCCGCAAUCUCAUCUGCCAUCAGGGCUUCAACAAGAAUAAUGGCCAGACAUUGAAGGUUUGUGUGCUGUGCAGCCGCCUCAAGAUUCGUUGCGGUGGGAAAGGCUCCAAUCCUCCCUCAGCCAAAGGCAAGUCCUCGGCUGCCCGCCGAGCGUGUUCCCAGUCCCGGCGCCGCCCUUCGCCGAUACAAGAAGAUCCAGCUCCAGACGCCGGCCCAUUGGUUGAGGAAGAGCCGGCGCCUCCUGCAACCCCGGCGGUUGCCAAUCCCGAGUCGUCCCAAACGCAGGACGAUCCCGAGGCCGCCGGCCCAUCACCCAUCUUGCCGCCAUCCUGUGUCGCCCAUGAACAGGAAAUGGAAGCGCUGAAACUGGAAGUUGCCAGGCUUCAUUCUACCAUCGAAGUUCUGGUAGCUCAGGUGGUGGCAGGCGACCAGCUGCUACAAGCUGCAUACACGCGCUUGGACGCGCAAGAUAACCGCACCAAUCUGCUCACCGGCAGGAUCGCUGAUAUUUACCGCCUCGUCGAUCUGCCUUCCUCGGCGCCCCCCAUAGAUAUCGCCACUGAUGAGUGUCAUGACUUGGCUGCUGGUCCAGCCAAUGACAUGGAGGAUUCGGCAUGCUUGCCGAUCGUCAUCAAGACUCCUGAGGCGGAGGACUCUAAUGUUUCUGGUGAGCCGGCAAUGUAA